AACUUACCAUCAUCCAAUGCAACUUCCAGGAAGGAGAGAUUUCCUCCUGAUAACCUCAUAAAAUUUUAGAAACAAAAACGAAUCUGUAUCUCUACAAGAAUGACACUAAUUUUAUCAUUUCAUUGUCAUUAUUUGUAAAAACUUCAAUUCAUUCCUCUAGCAUCUUUAUCUCACUCUCUAUAUAUGAUAUAUCUCUCACUACUUUUGCUUAAACAUACCCAAAAAAAAAAAAAAGGUAGAAAUGGCUUUAAUCGACGCUUUGCUUGAUUUCGAGGAUUACUUCCCAUCCAUGAUUGCAAGACUAGGUGCGGAGGCAUUCGUUGUAGAGCUGUGUAACGGGUUUCUACUAUUGAUGGAUGUCGAAAAAGGGGUUAUAACGUUCGAGAGCUUGAAGAGGAACUCAUAUUUGUUGGGUUUGAAUGAUAUGGGAGAUGAUGAGUUUGUUUGCAUGUUAAGCGAAGGUGACCUUGAUGGAGAUGGGGCUCUUAGUCAAAUGGAGUUUUGUAUUCUCAUGUUUAGGUUAAGUCCUGGUCUCAUGGAUGAAUCAAGGCUUUGGAUGAUGAAUUAUAAUUAAUGGUUUGUUAAUUAUCUUUCUUAAAUUUCAAAGGAUUAUCAUUGUUAGACUUUAAUUUCUCUAAAUCAUAUAUAAUGUUUUAAUUUCCCCUUCAUUAAACUCAUGCAAUGUAUUUACUUCCAUAGUGAAUUGCAUUGGGAUUAAUA